AUGGAGAAUAUCAAAAUCCACCUAGGACAAAAGCAGGUAUGGGUGGACGCGCAAACGUUCCGCGCAUGGUUUCCCAAGCAGAAGUCUGAAAACUCAAUACAAGGAGAUCUCUGGGUACAGAGACUGCAUAACUAUUUCAAUGGUCACUUCGGCAUUCGAAAGGAGGUUAUUCAGAAGACGUUGGAGCAAUUCUUCGGCAUACUUGGACCUUAUGCCCAACAUGGCAACGGGGAGACGCGACACCGUGUUCGUCAAGUCCUCCAGCACUAUCUCGAUCAGGGGUGCCUCAACAACGCAUAUCGGCCCAAAGACCUCCAAUGGUUGCGACAUACGUUCAUCAUUCUUGUGCAAUUGGCGCGAAAGUUUGAGUCCUCGCUGCUGGCCGAAGCGUUGUCUACUUUCUGGGGCCAUACCAAGGACAAGAUCAACCGUCACGAGAAAAGCGAAUACUUGGCAGACUGGAAGAAGGCAGCGGAAAAGGUCCAAGAAUCGUAUGCAGUCCGCCCAUUGGCUGCUUUCAUCCAACAACGUCGUAGCCGAGCACGGCCAGCACCUGUCGUUAAAUAUGGACGCCGCAAAGUGGAUUUUCGACUUGAAGUCCCAGCUUUCGCCAACCCAGCAUGGGCACCUCCCGUAAAUGCGCCCGUCAGAUAUUCUCGAGACGAAUGUUUUGACAAGCUGAACAACAUCCAGCAUCAGCAGCGGGAGAUGAAGGAAACACUGGAGAAUGUGAAUGGAAAGCUCGACCGCCUUAUACGUGGCACAUAUUGA